GUAAAUAAGAGUCGAAAAUGGACGACGACGUCCGUAGUAUUUCAAAGUGCACUAAACAUGAACAGUAAUUGACUUGAUGAUGGGUGAUAACUAAAUUACCCUACUAGCAGUGUCUGGAUUGCCUGUCAGAUAUAGUACCAGCAGCAGCCACAGCAGCAGCCAUGAGUGUGUUACACGACCUUCUGGAGCUGGGGCAGCACCUCCGACAGGAGAAACUCUUUGUGGGCAUGGAGAGGGACCAGCUUCAAAAACUGUACGAAGAAGUUCGCAAAAUUGGUGAAGACCUGUUUCAUGCUUCAUGGAUUUCUAGACAACAAAAACUGAAUUUAGACCAUCUGCAGGCUAUGGGCCAUGAUGUUCCUUCGGAGGAAAUCUGUGCCAAAAACAAUCAACUCGAGAGUGUUAAUUUUCAGGAUAGUUAUAAGGUUCUUGGACAUCAUGAUUCGAAGUAUGGCGACUUGUUUAAAUAUCUACAUGAAAACCCAGUACUCCUGGCUCACUGUGUCUGUGCUCUAGAGAAGGUGAACAUUACAACCACCACUAAAGUCAUUGGUAGUAUCAUGUCAGCCAUAUACGGGAACUGUGUUGUACAAGAAGAUGAGCAACAUGUAUUGCAGCUUCUAAAGACGCUGAUCGAUGUUCAGCUUGGUGGUCACGACAACCCCAGAAGACUGAUCAGACGAGGAAACUGUGCAUUCAGCCUCAUCUUCAAGCAGCUGAGUGAUAUGUUGUUCUCGACCCGUCUCUUUCUCACAGCCGCUCUUCACGACCCGGUUAUGAGACUUUUGAUGGAAGACGAAUGGUUUUAUGAUAUAGAUCCAGAUAAAGCUUUAGUUCGUUUUCCGCCAAAAGAGAGGCAGAAGAGGUUUGGUGAACCAGGAAGUGAUGAUUACAAAUUGAAAGUUCAGAAUUACCGUAAGUUUAUUGUUGAUAAGUUAGUGCUGUUGUGUACACGGUUCAUCAACUCCAUCAAGAGCAACAUCCACUGCUUCCCGGCUAGCAUCAGUUGGAUUGUGGCCCAGGUGUUUCAGACCCUCACUAAAGGGAACAAACUCUCUACUGGAGAAGUGCGGGCGACGUGUGCUGAUCUUAUUUUUGCCCUAUUUAUUUGUCCCGCUAUUUGUGAUCCUGAGCCAUAUGGUAUCACAUCUGAUGUCCCAAUCAGCCACAUCGCACGACACAACCUGAUGCAGAUGGCCCAGAUCGUCCAGGUUCUUGCCAUUUCACAAUGGGAUGAGAUUGAUCCAAAGCUGCGGGAUUUAUACGGAAGGUUUGAGAAGGGAUGCAUGUCGUCGUUUCUGGACUGCCUGGUGGAUGGGGUGGGCGAUGAGGUCCCCAUCAUGGGGAUCAGUCAGUUCCAGAGUGCUGCCCGCUCCACCGUGCUCCUCACACACCCUCAGCUGAACCUACUGGUGAACUGUUUGCGGAAUACCAGCGCUGGCAUCGAUGACAAAGUACCUGGUCGCAAAACACUGCAGGAGCUGCUUGUGUGUUUGCCAUCCGAUAUGCCACAAGGUCAAGGUCAUGACAACCACCUGUCAGCUCACGGACCCACUCCUCUAAACCCUACCCCUCCUGGCACUCCCAACAAUCAGAAGAAGAUCUUCAGAGGUUUGAAGAAGAAGAAUUCUCUACCGAAUCUACAGGUGUCUGCCGAGGAUGGGGAAGCAACAGAUGGAGACUCGAAGACAGGAGAGCCAAUCGAGGACAUCUUGGUUAUCUCCCUUGGUGUGGGAACUGAUUGUCCAGGGAUGAUGGCAGAAAAUAAGAUUUUGUCAUGGGAGCAGGAGAAUCGUCGUAGAAAGGUGAAAUACAACACCGAUAUCAGUGAUGGUGGCCCUAUUGAGAUCCAUGAGAAGAGGACGCGUUUCUCUCUCUCACACGACCAGGAAUCCAUAGGCAAUACCAGCGACUAUCAGGAAGCCAUAUCCGAGGCAGCAUCCAGCCAUUCCGUGGAUAUGGAGAACGACAACGACAAUCUUUCCGACAUGAUGUCCGCCGAUGUGAGUGGCCGUGGGUCUCCGAGCAUCAGCGGGCGUGAUACACCCCUCUCCCAGGCAGGGAGUGUGGAGGAGAGAGCACCUGCUGAGUUUGCAGUCCCUGUCCCAGAAACUGUACAGAAGCAGAACAGGGUGGAUGUGACGGAGAGAUUUGGCAAGUUUGAAAUCAAGGCCGAACUGGAAAGGGACGAAACCAAGUCAACAGUGAGUGACACCUGGAGCACGGAUGUUCUGGCAAGUGACUCAGAACCUCCAGAGCAGAACCAGCUAGAACGACUAGAGGAAGUUGCAGAGGAGAUGGGGAGGCCGCCGCCGUUCCUGUUAGCUCCACGAGACGCAGACUCAGAUAAUGCAUUUCCCCCAAGUUUGUCUGAGAUGUCUGAGACUGCGAGCGAUGCAUGGAGCACAGACGUCCUGGCCAGUGACACGGAUGAGAAACAGUCGGAACUGUUGACAGACCUGGAUCAGGAUGACAUCAGUAUGAGCUCUGUGAUGGAGCGAUCAGACAACCUUGAUGACCAGAGUCUGGAGGACACACCCUUAGCUUCAGGAGGACACAGUCCUUCAGGUGAUCGAGACCUGCUGGGGUUUGGAGCAGAAGGACACUCUGUAAAGAGGGCUGACUCUCUAGGAUCAGAGGAAGUGUUUUCAGAGGAUGUUUUUGCUGAUGAUAUCACUCCAAGUGCUGAAACAUCUCAACUUAAUCAGACAGUGGAAGCUGCAGCAGCGGAUAAACUUCCAAAACCAGAGGUCAAGGCUGAAGGUCAAGGUCAGAAUCGGACAUCUCCAGACUCAAGGCAGAGUCAUGGCAGGACAGGCAACACUGAGUCUGAGCAUCGCCAGAAUGCAACUGUGACGUCAAAAAGUGAUAGCCUCUCUUUACCAAAAGAUCAUCAUUGUGGAGCAAGACCUAAAGAAUUCCAUAAACGUAGUCACCACCAUCACCACCACAACCGAGCUCACGGAGGGUACAACUCUGCCAAGGUUGAGGCCUGGGCCAAAAGUAAUGGCAUCGGCGGAAACAAAGAUGGACCAAAAUUUGGGGCAGAAUUUGAGAGUAUAUCAAUGGCACGAAGUGCAGGGGGCAAACCAGUAAACGCCCAAAAGCUGCCCACGACCACCACCAUCAACGACCAGGACAUUGAUGAGGGUAUAGAAAUAUCCGUAGAUGUUAACAGCCUGGCAGAUCAAGUCGAAGCUGUAGGACUGUCUGAACAGCAGAAUGUGAAAUUCAAUGAAAACCGAUUAUCUGCGACACUCAGUCUUUUUGAUCCACUGUCACCCGAGAACAGCAGUACAGGCGACCUGCUGGAGGGGGCAGGGGGAUUGUCAGAGCACCCUGUCACCACCCUCCCAGCUGCAGCCUGCCCUCCCGCAUGUCAGCCCCACCCUCAUUUUCUGCCACCCAGAUAUUCCCUGUACACAGCUCCAUCAGCUCAGAGGGCAACCAGUGAAAUUCUCAUCUCGGUAUCCAGUAGUGAUGAAGUUCAAGGUCAGCUGCAGAGUUCGGCAGAGACGGUGAAGUCAACGAGCCAGGAGGACUUGCGUGGGGGACGUCGGGACAGCAGCGAUAGCAGUCAUUCCGCAGCCUCCCUGAGACUCAAUGAUACAGCUAGCUCCAGCAAAGAAGCAAGUGUGGACACGCUCUCCAUGAGAUCCAAUGGGGACAAUGUAUCGAUGAGAUCAGACGAUAAGGAUUUUUCUGAAAAUGAUGAGAAAGGCUUUGAUAAGAUCAACAAGAAGGGGUUCUUUAAGAGUGUAAAGGAGAAGAUACACAAAGGCAUCAAAAGAAGAACUCUGAAGACAGAUAAGGAAUUAGGUGCAGGAGGCGACAGUUCCUUCACAGAGGAUUCUGGGAAGGGUGCGGCUGAAGCUGAAGUGGACCCAAAAGCAGAGAGCUCCUUCGACAUCCUGGACAAAUACCGGAAGAAAACUCCCCAAGACCAGCAGGCUGAGGACCAGUCAGAGCUGACCGACUCUGCAUACCAGAGUCAGAUGAAGAGCAAGGACGAGGAAGAAGGUCCGCCGUUCUACGACCCCAGCAACUUGGAAGGCUGCUUCGCGUUCAUGGAUGCGAAGCGGAAGCUGAGGAUGGUGUUGAGUGCUGGGGACUUCCUGGGCAGCACAUCCCUGCACCAGUUGAUGACCAGCCAGCCACACAGUCCUCGAGAGUUUGACACCGGGCCCAAGAAGGACAAUGACCUGAUCAGCCUUCUCCGGGCUCAGCUUGCUGAAGCCAUUAAUCUCCAGAAUAAGGAUGUCAUUGCACAGCUGCAUGAAGUUAUACGAUGUAUACGCCAGUUUGACAAUGAUGGCUGUAAGAAGCUGGUGAAGGCCUUGCGGGAGGAGUACCGCAGCCGGUCGGCCUACAUCUCCUACCUGAUCCGCUGCCGCCAGGGUCUCCUUAUGUCUCACUCCUACCUGCAGAGACUCCUCAACAGGAUACAGAGGGACAAGGAGAUCUGCAACAAACACAUGGUUAAUGUGUGCGUGCGGCUGUUCAUAGAAAGGAGGGAAAAGAAUGUCCUCUACUUCAUCUCGGAUUUCCAGAAGCUCACUGUGGCGGAUGAGAAGACUGACUUGGUGGACAGGUUCUUACAGGUUCUCUACCGGGAGAUGGAACAGGAUUCAAUAUGGAAAGCUGCCACAGAGAACCAGCUGAUUGACGCCCGACUGGCCGUGGAACGCCUGCUGAUGAGUCGAGUGUACAGUCAUGCCAUGUUUCCAAAUGGAGACGGAGACUUCAUGAGGGACCAACUUUUCCAUCAGCAUCUGAAGAAGCUGUCGGCACUAAUUACUCCGACACACAAGGACCUGUGUAUACCCCGCAUGUACCACUUUGAGUGUCCGUGGCCGGCAGCUCAGCGCGAGAUCUACAUGAUCAAUGCAUACAAGACCCCAAAGGACAAGCUUCAAUGCGUGUUGCGAUGCUCUACCACCAUCAUGAACCUUCUGAGUAUGGCCAACGAGAAAUCUGUGCCCGCGGCCGACGACUUCAUCCCAGUACUUAUAUUUGUCCUUAUCAAGGCCAACCCACCAUGUCUACUGUCUACCAUACAGUAUGUGAACAGCUUCUACGAGAGUCGACUCGCAGGGGAGGAGCAGUAUUGGUGGAUGCAGUUCUCAUCAGCAGUCGAGUUCAUCAAGACCAUGGAUUAUUCCACCUAGAUGAUGAGCUCACAUUCAUGGACGGUUGUUUCCAGACCAGAGGAUCUCAAAGCAUGUUUCUUCAUCGGAUACGAAACUGAAGAAUUGAAGCAACACCACGAGAUCGAAGGGCAUUAUGUGAUGUUGCAGUUGUCUUUAUUGGUUCGGGCAGGAUGCUUGGCCCUGGUCCUGGGAUGCUGUUUUUAGUUGCUUGGACAUGAAACCUGGUCCCAGCAACCAGGAGAAGAAUGACGAGAUGGAUUUGUAAUGCUUAAGUUCUUUCAAGCUGGUAUAAUGCCGGUCAACACAGAUGUCCCGACAGGGUUGAUGAUGCAAGACACUUUCCACAAGAACAAAGUAUUUUUGACAACUUUAUAUAAAUUUUAUUAAUGAUUAUUGAUAUCAAUAAAUUAUGUAUGUCUUUUCCUUGGUAGAUGUUCAGUUGCAUGGACAGACAGGCUGUAGUUAUCUCCCUUCAUUCUGUUCGUACAACACAAGUUGAUCUCAAUAAGUUGAUGUGUUCAGUCCUGAAUGGCAGCAUUAUGUUGAAAAAUGCUAGUAAAUAUCUUUUAUCUUGUAGUUUUGCCAUAUUUCUGUUUUAUAUGUUGUUCAACAUAUUGAGAAUAAACAUCUACAUUACAUAAAAUUAGUAUUACAUCAGGUGUAAUUUUGAAAUGUACGUAUGCAACAUACAAUGGCUUCUAUUAACUGAUUAUGGAAACUAUUUCAUGAAACACAAUUAUCUUGUUAUUCCUUUUUUUUCGAAAUGUAACUAUUAUUAAUUCUGUCCCUGUUGAAAACACGACACCAUUAUUUAUAUAAACAAACUUGCAUGAUGUUGGGAAAACAGCUUUAACUUUAUUGAGUUUUCCAAGCACUAUUCUAUUGUUCAUUCAAUUUUCAUCUAACUCGGGGUGGAGAAUCAAGGGAGAUAACUUGGAAUGUAUUGUUUCAUGAUUAAAUGGAGACCAACUCAAUUACAGGGGGAUAUACUCUAUGUCUUUGCUAUGUUUGAUGACUGUGAUGAUAGACUUAGGUUAAAUGUGAAAGUAAUGCUUGAUUUAUUAGAUAGAGUGGACUAAGUUGUUGAGAGUUACAUGAGCAUAUUGAUGUUAUUGUGUGUUGAAACAGUGAUCAUUGUUUAGUCAGAGUAACUUUGUUAUAUUUUACUUGAACAUUCUUCCACUUGUUAUCCUGUUGUCAGAUUUAUGAAUGUCUGUGUUGUAAAAAGUCACUUGUGUCUAUCCACUUAACAAGGAAAACAUUGUACAUUCUGCUUGGAACGAUUUCUUACCAUGUAAAUUUCAAUAGGCAUAAUUUAAUUUUAGAUAGUUUGCUUUAUGCUUAUGUGGGCUUAGUGUUUGAUUAUAAUAAUGUCACUCAUAUUGUUUUGCAGGACUUGUUCAAGCAUUCAUUGUUUGUUGAUUUUCAUUUUUUUUAAAGAAAAAUAUUCAAUGACUUGUUAAGGAAUAGCUUUCCAUAUGGAUAAUUAUCUCUCUUAUCAUUAUUCCUUUUUGAAAUUGGUUGCAAUUAUUAAGAUGUCCAUUAAGUCAGUGAUUUGAAUUCCAAAUUGUGAUUUGAUUCUUGGUUUGUUGGCACUCACCAUGCACCCGAUGAAAUUCCAGGUUAGAGGAGGUCCCUGUUGGUAGGAAUUUGCUGGUCAGUCUUACUUGAUUGCGUGUCACUACACCCAGACAACAGGCAUCUCUGUUCAUAUCAGUCACACAAUUGUCGGGGAGAGCGGGUAGAACAGCCAGGUAAUCAACAAGCGUGUGUAUUGAAAUUUCAAUUUCACAUGUGCAACUCGCACACCUGGCUGUUCUACCAGCAAGUGGUCCCCCUCGUAAUACAUAGCGAAAAAGUGACAAUAUAAUGAUCGUUUGUUAAACAACUUUUUAUUUUCGUGUCCAAAAUUAUGAGACAAAUCAUCAGAGUUGGUCUGUCGAUUUCAUGUCACUGUGCAAAAUUUGGUUUUCUUGCAAUUAUUAGAUUUUGUGUUAGUGAGCAGUUCAUCGGUCUCAAAUGAAAUCAAACAGACUGUAAUGGUUUUCAAGCUUACUUCCAACGUUACGCUGAGGAAAUGAAAUGCAAAGAUAUUUCUGAAAUACUUAUCUAAAUCACAAUCAAGUCCAGAUCACUCACUCCUCUUCACUAUGCCUCUAUUCAACAUGUGAUAUGUAUGUGAUAUGUUCUCAAUGUAACGUUGGAUAAGGAAGGGGUGUGAAAUCAUUAUUUAUGGUAUGUUUAGUACUUUUGCUAUAUCUCUCCAAUCUUGAAGCAGAUGGAAACUAAACAUGCUUCUGUCCCUUACCUGCAAAAUAUUCUCCCAAAAGCUAUGUGAACACCACUGCCUCUGCACCAACCCACCAUGGGUCUGCAAGGGAUUUAUUUAUUAUUAUUAUUUAUAUUUUACUGACCUUCUCCCAUGGACAGGAGUUGGGUUAGUCCAGUGGAUCAUGGUUUGGUUAUCCCACUAAAGGUUUGAGUUUGAUUCAGAGGACGAUUGCUUUGUAUAUGAAGCCCAUCUGUAAUUAGUUGCUGAAGAUGGUAUUUAACUGUCAUCAAUACUCACACUCCUGUUUGGUGUCAAGAACAUUUUAGAGUUAACUCCCUUGAACAGGACACGGGUUUAAUGGAGGGUUUGUCAUCUUAUGGGAUUUCUUGUCAGUUUUGGCAUAAGUAAUUACGAUUUUGCGAUAAUUGAUAUUUAGUUAAUGAUAUCUGAAGUAAAAUGUAUUAGUUCAAAGAAUGGAACCUGAAUAAAUACACAACAUAUUUUUAAUUAAAGAGGAUGUUAUUCGAAGCUCUGUAAAAAUAUCAUUCUUGUCCCUGUGUUUUUCUAGAUUCCUGUCUCACUUAAUCAGAGUAUUUUUACAUACAGUUGUGAUUGUCUAGUCUGUGUAUUAAGAUUUAGUCACAUUCAGCCAUGUUUACCACUUCAUACACUGACACAGCAAUGCCAAGCAUGUAGUAACAGUGUCAUGAUCAAUAACUUGUCAGUUAUUAAAUAUUGAUAAUGAAAUUUAUUUACUUACCGGUAGCUGUGAUUUAUGCUUAUAGUAUAAUGUAAUUUAUGCUUUGACAGGGGCGGUGGGUAGCCUAGUGGUUAAAGUGAUCGCUCAUCACGCCAAAGUCCCGAGUUUGAUUCCCCACAUGGGCAAAAUGUGUGAAGCUGGUGUCCCCUGCUGUGAUAUUGCUGGAAUAUUGCUAAAAGCGGUGUAAAGCCCAACUCACUAUUAUUUGUCAUCUUGUCCAUUGCAAUUUGUUAGACAAGUCUUUAACACCUCACAACCUUUGGAAGAACCUCUCGUCUUAACAGGAUUUGAUAAAAAGUUCUUAAAGAUAUAAAGAUAGUACAUUUAUGUGAACAAUGUUUCCUUUCUUUAGACUAGAAUGAAGUUUUCAUACUCUUACGUUGUCAUAUGAGCGAAAUAUUCUCAAGCACAGCGUUAAACCCAAUUUCACCUCACCUCAUACUCUCUUAAGAGGUGUGAGAUCAUGUCAGUAUGGUUUUGAGAGCAUGUGUAAAACGGAAAGCAUCUUUAAAGUAGGAAAGUAUCUCAACGAAAAAGGUCAUAACAGAAAAUUAAGAUAAGAUGAUGGAAUACAUUCAUGGAUAGUGGAAUUAAGAGUAACCAUGGAAACAGGAUUCUUGUUGAGGAUUGUUAUCAUGACCUGCCCAGACCUGAAUGAAAUGGUCAAAGGGAACUAAAGGUAUUACAUAAUGAAUACAGGUGUGUAUGUUUUUAAGAGUUCAAUUAUUGUGGAAAAAGGUAGAUUAUCCUAAUUAUUGUAUGUCUGUAACCAUGGAAACUUUACACUGAAAGGAGAGGGCAAAUACACCUUUAGAAUUAAAAAAGUAUUUUGACAUUUGGAACAAUUAAAGCUAAACCAGCAGUGUUGCUUAAUUUGAUCUUUCUUUGAUAAUUAAAACCUAACAUAGGUUUUGUUCUUAAUUGUUAAGUUAAGAAAGUUUUUGUUAUUGGAUAUUUUUUCAAUUUUGUUUUCUUUCAAUGAAAUGCACUUAUACUAUGUUCUGGCUGUUCCAGACUCGAUUAUUUACAGACCGCCGCCAUAAACCUGGAAUAUUGCUGAGUGUGGCGUAAAACUAAACUCACUCACUCACUCUUGCUGUUUAUUCUCCUCACAGUCACUUCCUCAAUCUAUUGUGUUUCAGUCAUUAAAUUGUUUUAGCUGAAUCAAAUCAAAGUUACAAAAUGAGUACUUAAGAUUCGCCUUCUUACAGAAUUAUAAGAUUAGUCUGUCUGUUGUUACCAUGGCAACAUGUGUUGCCAUACUAUAAGUAAUGGAUGAUUUUGAAUUAUAUGUAUGUACAUUUGAAUAAGAUGCUUCUUACAUGCCUAACUAUGAACAGUUCUUGCAACAGAAUUGAAUUAUUUUACAAUGCUUAAUCUUGUACAGGUUUAAUAACAUUACCUAACUAUGACAUGCUGUUUCUGCUUGUUAAAAUCAUUUUAGAAGUGUUUUCUGUGCUAGAGUUAUUAGAUUCUUGUAUUUGUUUUUGAUGCAGAAUAUGUUUGAAGUGCAGUAGUUUUGAUAUUACACAACCACAUAUCAUGAGCUUUUGUUGCACAGUUUGGGUGUUAUUUUUCUGUUACCUGUCAAGUGUAAUGUUCAGUAUUUAGAUGGAGAAUAGAUUGAGUGAACACAAGCAAAAUGAUUAUUGAAACAGUAUUAAUGUUCAUUAUUACUUAAUAAUGUCAGCUGUAAACAAAAAGAUUGAUUUGAGGACAUGUUAUCAGCACAGAGAUAAAAAGUGAUGAGGAAAGUGAUUGGCUCUCCUGAGUUGUGUCCCUUAUGCUUGAUAGAAAAAUAGCUGAGUGAGUUUUAAUCCCAUUUCUGCCCUGAUAAUGUCUGCAGGUUUAAGAGCAUCCAACCUGUCCUUGGGUUCAGUUGACAAGUAAACGGUACCUGCAUCACUUGGGGCUUUCCUCCCUCAUCAGCUGAUAUACCGUGAUGUAACAGAAAUACUUCUCAGAGCUGCAUUUGACCAUAUCACUCUCACUCACUCACUCACUCGGGGCAGUGGGGUAGCCUAGUGGAUAAAGUGUUGUCUUGUCACACCAAAGACCCGGGUUCGAUUCCUCACAUGGAAGUGAAAGCUUAGUCCUUGUGGAUUCAUGAUUUAGUCAUUUUACAGCUGUGUCUAACAUUGGAAAAUUUAAAGUAUUUACAUAAGUCCUUGCACCUUUGAUAAAACAGUGUAUCACUGUAUGUGGUAAUUCUGUUAAUAGCAGCAUUUGAUUUGACUCUUAGUAUGACAAAGAACUGGAAUUUGGGUAUGACAUUCCUUUUCGUGAAGGGAUGACACUAGCAUGAUAUAAUAGUACUGACAACAUUGUCAAAUUGCCAAUGCUCUGAUUAUCUUAAAUUCUUAAUGUCUUUUUUGAGAGGCAUUUUAGAAGUUGUGAAGAUGAAGGAAAACCAAGUUCUGUGGAUAGUCAACUUUUUUAAUGCAAUGAAUGCAAUGUUUUGGUGUAGAUACGAACACGGUUAUCAAUAUUUGUAGUAGAUUCGGUGUUAGUAUCUAUUCCAAAUCAUCACAUUCAUUGCAAUAACGAAGUUGACUUUCAAUAGAACUUAGUUUUCCUUGUCUUAAUGUCAUUUCCAUGUUGCCUGCCACCUGCACAUUGCCUGCUAAAAGAUAUUUAUAACUUGUCUGGAUUUUGGGAUAGCACUGAUGGCUGACUGACAGAAACAUGGAAACACAUGUGAGCAAUGUUUCAUUUGAUCAAAGGCAAUAUGCAGGCAAGACUUCACACCCCUUCUCCAUAUCCCGUCUUUCCCACCCUCCACCCCCAUUUUUCACUGAUACAUAUAUUGCUGGGGGUGACCUGAGAGGCUGUCACCCCUGCAGGUGCAGCUUGCUUUCUUGUAUUGUUUUGUCUCAGGAAGCAAGUAUUGUUAUUACACGCAAGAUCAACCCUCAAGGUAGCCUCAUUAUAGAAGACUCAGUUAUGGUAUGAUCGUUAUUGCAUUGAUGUUGGUAUGUUUUGUCAAAUAUCUGAAUAUCCCAAAUAUGGGAACUUCAACACUGCCACUCAACAUACUCGGUUAUGAUAGUCAGCAGAUAAUAACUGGAAUCUAAUAUUGAACAUAAUGGUUUUGAAGGUCCCACUAUGGAAUACAAAGUAUUGGUUGUACAGCAUUAAGUAGUUGUCUCUCUCUCGAUGAGAGUGUGAAAGAAAUAUUCUAAAUAUCUAAUUAUUGCAGACAAUGACAUUCUUGGUAUUGGCAAAAACCAAUAGCCUUUUUCAAUACGGGACCAUGCACAACCAUUCUGUGCCAGUUAUAAGUGGGCAUUGGCUAAGCCAAGUGGUUAAAGCGUUCGCUCAUCAAAGAGAAGACCCAGAUUCGAUUCCCCACAUGGGUACAAUGUGUGAAGCCCUUUACUGGUGUCCUCCGCCAUGAUAUUGCUGGAAUAUUGCUAAAAGCGGCUUAAAACCAUACUCACUCACUCGAUCCGUUAUAAGUUGUGGUGUAUAUGUUAUUAGCGCCAGGAGGAAAGGGAUGGUCAUGUGGGUGAAGCAUUGGCUUAUGCGAAAAGAUCUGGGUUAGAUUUCAUACAUGGGUGCAACAAAUUAAGCCAGUUUCUGCUGUCACUGUGAUAUUUGUGAAAUAGUUCUAAAGAUGCAUAAAACCGGACACCCUGUUGUUUUAAAUCACAUAUAUAUUUGCUCACUAAGUUAUAUCCUGUAUUGUAGGCAUUCGUCAGUAUUCUCAGCUGUCUUGAGGGUUCAUCAGAAAGGCCUUGCUUCCCAGCUUGUCUAUGUUUAAUGUUUUGAUACAUUGUUGUGCAGUACUAAUGCUUUAUUUACUGUAUAUAAAUAUGAUGUUGGUGUCUUAAUUAUGAUUGUGGUUCUAUAUUCCCUGGCGGUGUUGUGCCAGCCCCCCUUUGUCAACAAAUAGAAGUAUAGGUGCCAAAUAAUACUGUCUAAUAUAUAUGUUUAUGUGUAUAAUUAUACAAGGGAGGAAGGUGGACGCUCCCAAAAUAUAUAUAUAUGAAUAAAUAUUAAGUUUCCCUCUG